AUGAUCCAGCUGUUAAACCUGUGUAUAUUCUUGAGUCUUUUUGCCAAAUUAGCAAAUGCAGAUUUCAAUGUUAGUCGUGGAUUGAUGACUCUCAGUGACCAGACGGAUCUGAUAUGCUGUCACAAGGAUCAGGUUAUGUGUUUUUUCUAUGCUGAUUCAAGAAACAUUGGCCAGCAAAAUUCCUCUGACAAUUGCUGCAAACUUACUGUCAGUGGAGAACAACUGUUACAAGGAAAAGUUGGAGAGGAGCUCCGAACAACAAUUAGCGUCCACUGUGAACCCAAAUCUGACUACAAAAUGAACCGAAAUGUCACCAUUACAGUGUGGAGGAUAUCUCUUACUGGCAAAUACACUCUUGUUUUUCUGGUUAUUCUGGAGACACUCAUUCUGCUCACUUUGCUCAUCUUAAUCAUCAUAUAUAUUAUCUAUCUGACCAAAAAGCAAGGGUAUAGACAAAAGUUUCAUCCAGUGAGUUACAGAACUCAAGUAGCGAACACUGACAACCAAGAUGCAGAUUCUGUUAUUGUUGAAGCGCAGGAAGAGAAAACAGAGAUAGUAGAGGAUGAGCUAUUAUAUGCCACAGUGAAUCAUUCAGGUGCUGCUGAAAAUAACAUGUUCUUGUAA